AUGUUCGAAGACUUCUCUUUCACAUCACCGUCCUCACGGCCCGCCCGACUAGCCCUGGACCCAGAGGACCGCCUCAUGGUCGACGGCGACAGCACGUUAAUAUCGCCUCUCUCGUCCCGCUGCCCAUCACCACAAUCGCACCGCUUCCGCAAUAUCUCACGCUCGCGCUCGUCGCACUUCCACCGCUCCCAACAACCUCCCACCUCCGUCCCCUUCCCCUAUGACUCAGACCACAAGCGGCUGUCCAUCUCGACCCUGACGCAGAAAUUGCACGAGCAUACUCUCGCCACGCCGACUAACGAUGGCCGCUCAAACCAGAACUCGAAUCAACGCUUCGCUCAGGGUCCUGGCCAGGGGGGCGGUGGAUACGGCUAUGACGGACGUUAUACGCCCCGCUCCCGGUAUGGCGGCUAUAGCCACGGACUCGUCCUUACACCACCGGAGACAGAUCAUUCAGACGAUUCAGGCGUAGAAGGUCUCUCCUCCCCAUCUGCAUCGUCAAAUCCCAGUCCGACAUUCAUGCCGCCAGACCUCCUCUCUGAUUUACCCGAUUUCGGGCUGGAUAGCCACCCCCAUCCUCCGAACUCCCAUCCGCUCCAGGACCAGAAUCAGGACAUAAGAAUGCAAAGGCAGCAGAUUUCCCGGUUACAAUGUAACCAAUCGGAAGUAGAAGCCAUGCAGCGAAGUCUACUAGCAGAGGAAGGGGGAUUAGGGGCAGGCGACCCAUCGCGUGAAGAAGACGAUUGUCACCCGAGUGAUCUACCACCACGAUUGUCGCCGCGUCGGAGGGCUGUUACACUUGCGAGAUCGAGGUUCGGACCUGAGGCUGGUGCGGAUGCUAGGGCUCGGAGGAAGAGUUCUUGUGGGGCUCUUUUGUCGAGUCGUGUUGAUAAGAGUCAUUUGAGUGGGUAUGCUGGGGUCGGGAAGAAGAGGAGUGAUAAUGGGCUUCGACGGAAGAGUCUUGUGAGUGCUGCUUUGGCUUCUAUGGUUGAGAGGGAAUAA